UUCGAUGCCGCGGGCGUCCAGGAGCGGCUUCCUGCGGGCGUCCGGAGCGGGAGGCGCGGGGAGGAGGCAGCAAAGGCCGGCCUCCAGUGCAGAGGUUCCCUUGAAGAAAACUCCACUCUUCGACUUCCACAAAGCGCAGGACGGGAAGAUGGUGAACUUUGCUGGCUGGAGCAUGCCUGUCCAGUACAAAGACAGUCACAUUGUGUCACACAUGCACACCAGAGAGCACUGCUCCAUCUUCGAUGUCAGCCACAUGCUGCAGACCAAAGUCCACGGCAAAGAUCGGGUGAAGUUCAUGGAGUCUCUGGUGGUUGCGGACGUUGCAGAGCUCAAAAACAACCAGAUUUCUGUUUCUCGUCUGAGAGCAGUUGAGCUGACGGAGAAGCUCCUGGCCAACCGUGAGGUGAAGCUGGCCGGCCUCGCGGCCAGGGACAGCCUUCGCUUGGAGGCGGGGCUUUGUCUCUAUGGCAACGACAUCGAUGAGACCACCACUCCCGUGGAGGCCACGCUUGUUUGGACGAUAGGAAAGCGCCGACGUCAGCUCAAAGAUUUCCCUGGAGCUGAAAUUAUCGUACCUCAGAUCAAAGCCAAGACGAGCAGGAAGAGAGUGGGCUUGGUGUCCACCGGCCCGCCGGUCAGGCAGCAUACACCCAUCCUCAGCCCCGAUGGCAAAGUCAUAGGCGAGGUGACUAGCGGCUGUCCGUCCCCCUGCCUCAAAAAGAAUGUUGCCAUGGGUUACGUGGAUUCGGCUUUCGCCAAGAAUGGCACAGACAUCCAGGUGGAGGUCAGGAAGAAAGCGGUGCCGGCCGUGGUCAGCAGGAUGCCUUUCGUUCCAACAAACUACUACAUGGGUUAAAAGGAAACAAAAAGAUAAGCCUGAUGCUCACUGGUUUAGCUCUCAGCAGAGCUGACAAUGUCGCCCCCUGCUGUUUAAUUUUAGAAAUGUGGGACCAAAAUGAAAUGUUCAAAUCUGCAUUUGGAAAAUGUUUCAAGUAAAUGAAAAAUUAUAAAGUAUAAUAUAAACGCUGAUCUGAAAACUGCAUAUGAAAUGAGCCUUUACAUGUAGUUAUUGUGCAAUGUGUGAGUUCUGAAUCCAGGAAACUCCUUAAAACCACCUUUGUGUGGGAUUAUUUGUACGUCUGGAGUUUGGACUUUUACAUUUAGUCUUAACUCUGUUUGUAACUCUCUCCAAGAAAAGUCAGGUUUGUUAGAAUUCAAUAAAUCCAAUUUAAUGUAGAUAACAGAAAUCUGAUUAGUAAAUGUGAUGCAUAUAUAUUUACAAAGCUGGACCAAAACAGGAAAAUCCUAAUUUAUCUGCUGAUGAUAAAAUAUUAUGCAUUUGUAAUUAACUAGUUUUCCUGUGUUGCUAUGCAAAAUUCUGAAAAACAAAGAGGAUUCAUGAGUUUUAUUGCUCUAAAUUCAAAUCCUAAAUUAAUAACAAAAAAGUGACAGUUAGUUUACAUUAAUUUGUUCUUAUUUUAAUUCAAUAUGCAUUCUUGUUUAGUAAUUAACUUCCUACUAAAGUAUCUCAGACUUCUGUUUACUAUGGGAUGACUGUUUCUUGUGCUUAAGACUUUUUAUACAUGUUAGAACAGUCAUAUCAUUUGGUAUUCUGAUAUGUUAGAGAAGAAAUACUAUUAAUUUGACUUUUUUACAUGGGUACUAAUGUAGAGAUCUUGAACCAAAUCGGUUAUUUAUAUAAACAUUUAAAAUAAUUAUAUAAUUUAUAGAUUGGUUUACCUGUCUGACCUGCUGCUUUUUCAAUAAAACUAACACUCAUAAAAUCAA